AUGACGUCGCCCGUCUUCGCCACCACCACGUCGCCGGCCUGCCUCCUCCUCCUCGCCGGCCUACCACCUCGAAACCACGUCGCCGUCGUCCCCGACUCCUCCCCGAGCACGCCUCGCUCAACUACAGGGCGCUGUGAGCUGCCCUUCCCUUCUUCCUCCCUAGUGCAUCCGCCACACGUGCCCGCUGGCCGCCUCUGCCCGCCGGCGUCGUCGCCUCCGCCCGCCUGGGCCACGCCCCCCCUCGCGCACGUCCACGCCCGCUCGUGCAUGCCUCAGUCGUCACCCGCGAGUGGCCAUCCCCGUCAACGGCGCUCCAAGCCACAUCGCCGCGCGCACCCGCGCGACCUUCCUGCUCCUCCUCCCCUCUCACGCGCGGCCUGCAGCUUCUGCAUCAACUGUCGCCGAUGUCCGCCCCCCUGCUGCCCGACGCACCUCGCCGCCGGCUACGAUGCCCCGGCGCCUCCACCGGUCUGGGCGGGCGCCCAAAUGGGCAGCCUCGCCCGCGCCCGUUAA